AUGCCACCAGAGGGGCAGCGAGGGGCCAACUAUCCCCCGAGAGGCGGCAUGGGUCCUGGGAAUAGGGGCAGGCCGAACAUGCCUCGUGGAGGAGGCCCAGGUCCAGGUCCAGGUAAGCCUUUCCCAAUCCUGCCAUUACACUCGAGCCCGGAUUUCCCCCGGCCGCCACCGAACCAAUACGGAGCCCAGCGAAGUAUGACGAUGCCAAACAGCGUUCCUGCUGGGCGAGGAAUGCCGCAGAGACCGGCCACGACGACGGGGAACCGGCCCCCACCGCAGAGGACAUACCCUCAGGACGCUCAGGGGCCACCGCAGCGUCAGUAUAGCAAUGCCGGGGGCCAAGGCCCGGUUCCUAAUGGCUACGGUUCGAAUGGCUACGGUCCUGGCCCCGGCCAGCAGGGCGACAAUGGAUACGGCGCCCCCUCGUAUAACAAGGCGGUCGACGACCUGUACGACUCUUACUACGACGAGCCGAGUACCAACGCGACGCAUCUCAACCCGCAACAAGACUCACGUAUGCUGCAGACGCAUGCUCGCCAGGAAAGCCGCUCCAGCAUGCCCGACUUUGACGCCAUCCCCGCGGACAGCAAACGAGACUCGUUUGAGCAGUCGAUGCGGCCGGGCAACGAGCAGCCGCAGCAGGGGGCUCACCAGAUGCCCAAGCUGGGCCACGCUCGAUCCAUGGUAGAGCUGCGCGAGCCGCAGUCUGCCGUCUUCGAGAUGACGAGCGACAUUCCCGAAGUGCCGGCAAUUCCGCAAACGCACGCGUAUCAGCAGCAGCAACCGCAAGGAUACGGACAAACUGGCUAUGGAUACUCUCAGCCGCCGAUCCCUCCAGGCCCGAGUGCGCCUCCAGGCCCGGCUGGGCAGCAUCCCGGUUUCGCCAACGGCCGCCCGCCCAUUGUCCGGCCGGGCACAGCCGCUCCCGCGAACCCGGACAGUCUACCUGCGCAUCCGACGCCGGUGCGGCCUGGCUUGAUGGAAAACUCGCCGGUGAAUCCGAAUGCCAAGCCGCCUCCGGUCCGGAACUACGGAGGCGGUCCCCAAGUGGGACAGCAGCCUCAGGCGCGACAUUCAGGACAAUCGCAACAUUCAGACCAGCAGCCGUAUCCUCAACAGGCUCCGCCUCCGGUACGGCCAAAGGAAAAGGAGCCCCCAGUCACUCCCGCCGAGCUGGAGCACCUGAGGAUGGUCAUCAAGGGCAACCCCAACGACCAGGCGUCUGCGCUCAAGCUGGCGAAGCGGCUCAUCGAGGCCUCUGACGUGCUCUGGUACAAGCGCGCGGCGACUCUGGGCGACCCGCCUGCCAUGUACAAGGUCGGCAUGAUUCUGCUCAAGGGGCUCCUGGGCCAGCCCAAGAACCCGCGGGAGGCGGUUGGCUGGCUGAAACGGGCGGCCGAGCGGGCCGAUGCGGAAAACCCGCAUGCCCUUCACGAGCUCGGAUUGCUGUACGAGUCGGCCCAGCCCAACGAUGUCAUCAUCCGCGACGAGCAGUACGCCCUGUCUCUGUUCCAGCAGGCGGCCGAGAUUGGCUACAAGUUCUCGCAGUUCCGACUGGGCUGUGCUUACGAGUACGGACUGCUAGGAUGCCCAAUCGACCCCAGACUAUCCAUUGUCUGGUACUCGAGGGCUGCUCAGCAGGAGGAGCACCAGUCGGAGCUGGCCCUGAGCGGCUGGUACCUGACCGGCAGCGAAGGCGUCCUCGGCCAGAGCGAUACCGAGGCGUAUCUGUGGGCGAGGAAAGCUGCCGUUGCCGGACUGGCCAAGGCAGAGUACGCGAUGGGAUACUUUACAGAGGUGGGAAUAGGUGUCCCGGCCAACCUGGAAGAUGCCAAGCGGUGGUAUUGGCGAGCAGCUGCCCAGGACUUCCCAAAGGCCCGAGAACGGCUGGAAGACCUGAAGCGAUCCGGAAAGGAAAAGGCCCGUCCGAGGGAGCGUAUUUCGCGAAGCCGUAUCGAGAAGCAAGACGGAGACUGCGUGUUAAUGUAG